UUUGUAUCAGUUAUGAUGGGGCAUUUGAAUCACCCAAAUAUGCUGGUGUCUGUGCGACAUAUUCUAUUCCAAUACUUGUUCCAUUCCUGUUGGGUUCAAGCUUGGGGUUCCCAAUUGUAUCUGAGCCCAAUUCACUGUGGAAACGGCACCCAGCUUGGCCUCGAGAUUCUGCGUUUUGAAAGGGGCAUGGAACUAUCUCGGAUCUGUUCCAAUCUUCAAGUCAACUUACUGGACACACCCACAGGCUAUGGAUUCACAUUCUCAGUCUAUUACGCUACAAUGACGGGGUUGCCAUGGCCAGACAACGUUAACGGAACCCCAGGUUUCACCCUUUUGGGUGAUAUGGCUUUGAACGGCCAGGUUCUGUCUUUGGGGGCACUCAAAGUUCCCGACGACGCCCCCUGUGGAAGUGCAGAGAUCACCGUGAUAAUGAAGGAUAAUACCGAGACCUUUUUAGACUAUAGUGCCAGGCUUGGUCAUUUGAAUUGCUCUAGACCCUCCGAUUUGGACCUUGCUUUGGUGGUAACUAACACGAAUUCAACUGGGACGAAUGAGACCGUAUUGCUUGAACCCGGCGAAAUCAACCCACUUCGCUCAUUAGGCAUUAGUUCCAUCCAGGUCGUGGCAGAAAAUGGAGAUCAUUUCGAGUCCACCUCGUACUUGUCAGCGUUUCCGGUGUUCAUUGGAAUUUACAAUGAUUGGCAUCUUGUGAAUCAAAAUUCCACUAAUGUCCCUAUGAAUCAGAUUUUGGCAGAGAUAAAAACCAACUUCACUCUAGCCAAUGCAACCAAAAGGAUGUAUUUCAUUACUCACAGCGACCUUCUUCAUACGGGAACCGUCUAUGGUGCGUCUGUGAAAACAACCGGCAAAUUGCCCAAUAUCACUAGAUCCUCGGGUCUUGAAUUGGAUCUUGAAGCGACUAGAAUCCCCUCAAAGAGCCGGUACUUGGAUACACGUUGCAUGAACCCGUUCCUCGUGGUAAUCCUGGAUCCUUUCCACGAGAUUCCUGACAUGAACCGGUCGAACAACAUUGCGGUAUUCCCAAUAUCACAAGAUUGCAACUCGUCUUUGGCGUGGGAUCAUAUGAUGGAGAUGGAGGAGUCGAACUGUUUAGCUCUGCCUGAUUACUUAACGCAAGGGGACAAUGCUCUUCUGCGAAAUGGUCCCAUGGAAACGCAUAGUCAAAUCGAAUAUAUUGGUCGAAAGGACGGCUUCCGACGCCUCGAUCAACAUUUUGUCAGCAGGGUAACAUCUCUUCAGAGAGCAAACAUACAGACAAAAAUGGUGGUCCAUGAUGUACGCAAUAAUUGCGAUGCCGUUCGAUCCAUCACCAACGCCAUGGAAGGCUCUAAUACGUCCAUAUUCAACCAAGUCGAAAAAACGCUCGAGUCAAUCGUGACCAGUUUUGAAAACACGAACCAAGACCGCCAAGCUGACAAGAACAAUUUGACUCAAGCUCUCAAUACGAUGCUGGACACCAUGAACGUGAUUCUCGAGACUCCCAAUCUCAAGAACAAAUUAACUGAUACCGUAAUUAGCGCUCUCGGAGGAAGGCAAUUUCAUAUGAGCCCUAGGCAUCAUACUCGACAUCGCCGUCAAGCUGAUAAUAACUCGGACGAGUCUCCUCCAAUAGCGGAUUAUCCUGAGCAUGGCAUGGGGGAUAGGAUGACUCCAGCUCUGAUGUUAGCCUUUGGGGCUCAGGCCUUAGUCAUUGAAGGUGAGGAAUUCCAUGAUUUGAACCUCGUCACUGAGCUCUCGAAAUGCAUUCGGAUGAUGAUUUGGACCCCUGAGCAGAGUCCCGAGGGCGAGCUGUGCUCUUCGAUGCCGCUGGAGCUGCGUUCCUCGUGGGCAAAUGUGGUGUCCAACAUUAUGAAACAGCAAUUCAUCACCCUGCCAAACGAAAUGGAAAGCUUUGAAGUAUUGAUGGAUGAGUUGGAGCGUUACGAUUGGAGUACCUAUGCCUCACGAUUAGCGCUACCAUUGGAUAUGGACACGUUGAAUGAAGUGCUGGGCCACGUGGCAGAGGCCAUGGAAAGGGCUAUUGAAUCCCUGGAAGAGCAAGAUGUGAAUGCUGUUGUCUUUUUUCAAGCUUUAAAGGGUUAUCUAGAUGGAAUGGAAAAUGAAGCGAAGCAAGAAGUAUUGACUUUGGCCCAGCGCAUUCAAGGAGAAGCCAUCAAGCAGAAGCGAAUCCGAGGCAUGAGCGGACAAAAACCAUCCCACAUGGAGAUUUGCGAACUAAUCUUGGGACAAACCCUCUCACGGAAUGUCAAGUUGGAAACGGAUAUGGGAACCACUAGUGGUCAAAUGGGUCAAGAUUCAAUGCCCAGUCCGUCAAAUCAAGUCAGCCCAGUCGUUUGGAGAACGGAUGGAAAAACGAAAUCGCUCUUGAGAGGCGAGUACAAUCCCUUUCUCGGGCAAUGGCUUUGGAAUCGGAUAGCAAAAUGCUCCUGUGAGCAUGAAGUUCGAUCUGGGUGUCCAGCCCUCCCUCCCAUGAGCAACGAUGAGGGGCCUAAUCAUCAUCCUGGUUACGUUUCUAAUGAAGACUCGUGGAAUGAUCCCGGAAGGUUUGACUUUGACCUGGGUGGCAAGGGACCCAACCGCGACCAAAAGGAUCGGGAUCAAAACAACCCACAAAAUUCUUGGGGCAGCGACCAGGGUCAUAUUGAUCCAUGGAAUUCGAAUGAUGACGAAACGGAUGAUUCCAACGAAGAUUCAGUGCCAGGAAAUGAAUCAAAUAAUAGAAAUAGGAACAGGAACAGGAAUCGAAACCGAAAUAGAGGCCAAAGCGGUCGGGAUCGGGAUAAUCCUAAUGAAACUGUAAAUGAAGAUGAAGAUAUUGAAAGUGAUCCGCGUCCCCCAAGCCGAUCAAACCAACGACCACGAAAUAGGCGGAGAAACAAUUGAGAAGACGACGUCACACUCGAGCUCUUGCUCUUGUAAUUGAUAAUAAUCAUUGGUAGUUGAGCAUUACUUUGAAAUAUAAUUCUUUUUGAGUUCAA